AGCAGGGAGGCAGGCGCACUCUCUUCCCAUCCACCCACUCGUAUUCACAGACCCGGAACUCACUCGCUCUCAUACUCUAACUCUUCGGGCGCAGAUUAGCAUCACUCUGCUCUCCCUCCCGGCCUCCCUCGAUCGAGUUCUGUGACCGUUCUCCUCUUCCUCCUCUCCUCUCUUCACUCCUCCUCUCCUCUCCUCCCUACCCCCUCUCGAAGACGACUGUUGACCUAGUGUUGGUGAUUAAUCGUAUAAUAUUUUUUUCUUCUCUUGGCUCGCCAUCUUGGAAGGAAUUAAUCGUGUCGCAUUCGGUGCAACUCCAACGCCUGACGACAUUCGUUGCUGAAGAAAAAUGCAGUGCAAAGCGGUUUACAUCUGAUUUUUGAUUUGUUAUUAUAUCGGUGUUGAAAGGCUGGUUCGCGCGCGUGGAGGAGGCCAUGUGUGGAUUUUUUAACGAUCAUUAGUUAAAGGUUAACGGGCCAGUGAUUGAACAAGCGGGUGCGAAGAGGAAAAAACAACAACAGGAAAUUGAUCCACGAGUGAACGCAAGCACGUGUAAGCGAUAAGACGUUCUUGCAGAGGAAGUGUAAGAAAAUAAUCGUGAGCAAAAGAAAAUAGAUAAACGAAAAUAGAGAAUGGACGCAGGAAUAGGAAAAAAGAUCCACAAUGAGAGAGUGAGGUGUGAUUAACGUUUUCAAAACAACUAUAAAAUUUAUACACAGCGACAACCUGUCUUAAUUUAUUUUCGUCGUCGUGUUAAUAUUAAAGGAGACGGCAUGGUAGAGCCUGCUGGAGCCAUGGCCAUGUUCGUGCUGCGGCUGGCGGGGCUGCUGUCCCUCGAGAACGCCCUCCAGAACAAGGAAGCCAACCUCACCGACGCGGCCUUCAACGUGAGCGCGCUGCCGUUCGGGGAGGACUUGGCCCAGGCCAAUUUCACGUGGCCAGCGCCCUUGAACGAGUCGGAGUUCGCGGGGCCUCCGAGUGCGGGCGUUUCGACCACGCCGAUACCACCCACUGAACCCUACGUUACCACGCACUCCACUGCCACUGCGACUGCUGCUACUACUGCGACUACGACUAUUACUACCACAACAACCUCCACCACCACAACUACGCCCGAAAGCCUUACAACUACCGAACCUGCGAGGAGAGUUUUAUCGACACCUAACCUUGUCAGCGAGUCGUCAACCGAAAGAAAAAGCUGGGACGAGGAACACGUGAUGAGCACGACAGCGAUCGUGCGCGGCAGGGCGAAGGACGCGGAGGCGAAAACGGACGACCAAGGAGUCCUGCGGGACGACGAGGCUUCCGUCCCUUCGCAUCAGCUGCCGAGGGCGAGCCCCCUCUCGGACGUGCGACCCGAGGGAGAGUUAAACGUCACUCAGCAACAUAUUGUGGAAGGCGAAGAGGGAGAAGAAGGGGGAGUCGAAGGAGAAGAGACUCAAGAUUCCUACGAAGUGACAGGCGCGGCGGCUGCGGAUCCAGGUGGCGUCGGGGAUGACCCUCCUGCCCUCACCCCUCCGCCCGCGACGCCCGCACCGCCAUCGAGCUCACCUGGUAAGGGCGCUCCUCACCUCGAGGCGCUUGCGGAGGACGACGCUCUCCUGGGCAUCAUAGACCCCACCGAAUUGGCGGGCCUCGAGGCCCCGCCCGAGGACUUCAUACCCAGCGACUUCGAGUACUACGACUUCGGGGAGCGGAACCCGGACGCGAUAGUGAAGCCCACCCUGUCGUCCAUGAACCUCGUGAGCCCCGUCCCCGUGGGAGGGGGCGGCCCGAGGCCAAACCCCGCCCUCGAGUGGGACGACCUCGACGUGGAGAACAGCGACCUGCCUCUCAGGUCAAAGGUUUCCCCGCCGCGGCCUGUGCCCCCGAUCUAUCCUCGCAACAACGAGGAUCGAAACAACCCUUACCCUUACGGCCCCCGGCUCCUCCCAGGGCCCUACGCCCCCCUCACCCCGAACGUCCCCCGGGUCAUCGACGACCACGAGGAGGACCUCUACCACCGGUCCAUGGAGUACGAGUACGAGGAGUUCGAGUACUACUACGAUUCCGACGAGGAGUCGAAGUACGAGGUGCAGACGAAGGAGCCGCCGGUGCUCUUCGUGUUCGACAAGCCCGGGUACUCCCCCGAGGCGCCCACCACCGUCCUGCCGCCCUCACGCGCGCCAACCCCGAGUGACCCCUGGGACUGCGCUCCUCGAUGCCCCAAAUACACCCUUCUCGACUGGAACACGGACUACGACGUGCGCCACUACCCGGAGACGUCUUGGGUCAGCACGGUCAUCAUAUCCGACAACCGCGUCUUGGCAGAACUCGAGGGCUACAUGAGAGUCCAGGACUACUUCUACGGGUUAAAUGAUCAUGGAUUGGUUCUGAACCUGACGAUCCCCUUCGUGACGCAGAUCAAGUUCGGCAAGCACCCAGGGGUUCUUGCGGAGACCAACGAUUACACUGUGUCGCUGUAUGUGCAGCCGGCCUACUACCUGCAUGACCAGAGACCGCCCACGCCGAUUAGCAAUGAGGUCCUGGUUGACGAGUUGGAGCCGAAGACGGUGUUCGUGCACAACUUCGAAGCCAACGUGUGGGACGUGACAGAGGAAUUCCUGGAGGAAAAAGUAAAGACUCUUAUGACCCAACUUAGGCACAACGGAGAGGCCUUUCUCGAUCGUUAUUACUACCUCGCCUCCUACAGCAGGCCAGAGUUGUAUCAGCCUGUUUAUUACGAGAUCUGGGUCUACGCCACCAACUUCCGCGACCCUCAGACCACCUUGAAGACCCUGAGCAGACGCAGGUCAACGCAGGUCAACAAAAUCACACAGAAGACCCUUAGCAAGCUGUGCAGAGGGGUCGAGUGUCCUAACUUCGAGGUGCUGAGGACCUACAAGUACGGCAUCCAGAAGAGGCGCUACUUCGACGGUCUCUUCGCCUCGACCUCGGCAGGAGAGUGCGAGUUCACCACCAUGAGCGUCUGGAAGGGAUUCAUGCCUCUCCAUCUUUAUAAGCACGGAAUCAACUCCCACAUGGAGGUGAUCGAGGCGACGCGGCCCAUAGCGCUGGUGCACGUGAGGGACUCGGGGGAAGCCAUGACCGAGUGUCCCCAGAACAUGACCAUGUCCCUCUACCUCCCCAAGAGACUUCAUUCCAACCCCCCGAUCACUGGAUACGCUGCUCCUAGCGUGCGGAUCACAGCCCUCAAUGACGUGAUCGUCUACGCGUACACGGUGGGCGGGUACCUCCUCGACCCGGUACGCGUCCGCAGAGAGCUUGCGGAUAUGAAGUACAGGCUCUCGGAAUUCGGCGAGUGCUACAAGGACGACGAGUACUACGUGGUUAUCUAUGACUUCAUCGUGCGAUACCACGGAAGACAGAACGAGAUCUGGAUCGUCGCCGAGAACUGCAAGGCGACGCACAAUGGCUGAGCGAGUGAGAGACGAAAGAAGACGCAGGUCAAGAACAGCGCAUCAUAAAGGGUGGUUGUUACGUAGCGAAACACCCUCAAAACUUGAUACGUGUAAAUUGUUCGUCGGGAUUCUGUAUCAGUUCCGAUUGCACGUGUGAGUUAGGGUAUAUAUAUAUAUAUUUUUUUUUCAUCUUUUCUUUUCUUUUCUUUUCUUUUCAUUUUAUCAGCCCUUCUUUAAGCAGUUAUAUUAGUAAAACACCAUAAAUCCAGUAUUCCCGAAAUCUAUAUUUUUGUGUCGUAUGCCCUGCCGGGAUCGUGUAUAUAACGCGACGCUUACACUUCUUAUACAUAUGUUAUAACAGUGUGAUUUAAAACAACAGUGCAGCAGCUGAAAUAAUUAAUGAUCAGUUAAAGUCUUUUUAUAGCUAAUGAAAUAAGAAUUAAUUCGCACAUGUUCUUUUAAUUUUUGAAAAUUGUAUCGGCGCCUCUAUCUCUUAACGCAUCCACCUCUGUACACAGGGAUAUACAAGCGUACUUAUACACACAUGUAAAAAAGUCAGAUAAUUAGUAGGACAGUGUUUAACAUCGUCCACAACAGUAACAGAAAUAUCCUUUGUUCACGGUUUGCUUUGGAGACUGGUAUGAAGUUAGGUUUGCGUCUUAUAUGUAAAAGGAAAAAAAUAUCCCUAGCGUAUUGACCUUAUCAGUAUUAAGCUUAAUUAUGAAUAUUUAUAGAUUAGUACCUAAUACUAUACUCACCUUUUUUGUAUGCAGAGACUUUGCGCGUUUUCUUUUUCCUGUUAACAAGAUAACAAGAACACGUUUGUUCAAAGCACCAAGUUUUGUCUUUGUGAAGUCAAGUUCCUCUGAUAACUUGCUGUUUUGGGAUUCACUAAUACGCUUGUCUAGAUUUACGUGUUGUCUUCUUUUCUUAAGUCAAUAAUUUAUAUACCCGCCUCUAUUAAUUACAUAGGUAGAAUUUGUUAACUAGAUUUUUUUUACUGCAUAGAUAUUUGUCUUAUUGCCUUUAUUAUUCAUUUGUAGAGAACAGCAAAAUGUAUCCUUUAUAGGUUCGAGUGCUUGUGUACUUUUAAGGACGUGGAUAAAAUGAUAAUGUAUUUAUAGCACACGGGAAUCUGUUGCGACAUUUAUCAUAUAUUAUGGUAUUUAUCGUUAAUUAUGAUCACACUACCAUGUGUAAUAACAAACCAGUUUAAAAGGUCUAAGUACUAUCAUUUUGUAAUGAAAUCCAAAUUGGGUCAAAUAAAAAUAAGAAUCCUU